AUGAGCAGGCUUAACAAAUCUGUCCCGGGCCAAUUUAAGCCUAUGAACACACUUUCAAGCGGGUCAGCUUUAAAGUCUUCGGGCUCGAGGUCUUCCUCUUCUACCGGGUAUACGAAGGAGAGAUUCGACCCGCAAGCAGCUUCGAAAGUAAGGAAACUUGGUGAGACAAUGGCGUCGCUUUCGUCGAAUAAUAAAUGGCAUCAUUCAGAAAGUCCUAUGACGCGUAACCGGAGCUCUCGAGAUGAUAUAGAAAUUGUUGGGGUCGAUCCGAACACACGCGAAGAGUCUAUCAAAGAGGUUAUCAAGCUUGAAGGAACUAGUGAAAGGGAUCUUUUUCAGGGCGAUCUGUACAUCUUCUUCGAAAACCAUGACAGAUUGAUGAAACGACACGCAGUGCUACAAGUAGCCAGAGUUGACGGGGACCUCCGAACAAGUGUUAAACGGAAUAGUCAAGAAAUUGAGGGCACCGCAAUACAUUUUUUAACCGAGGGAAAAAGUUUUGCGUUCGAUCUUAAUUACAAGGGUAUGUUUGUAGAUUUGAAACACGCUAGAAUCGUGAGAUUUAGCGCCGAGGAACAAAUAAGUGGAGUCAUAGGAAUUGCGUUCAAGCACAAUAGUGGGAGGGAUAGCUACCGAGAAAAAUUUAAGGAAUAUGCUGAGCUUUUGCAAAACAGUUUCCUUGACGUUUACCACAUAACCGGAGAAAUUAAUGAGCACACCGCUAUGAGUAUAACCAAAAGAAACCACACGGAAUCAAAGGCUCAUAGGGAUCUGAAGGACCGAAGGUUCAAUUCAUUACGAAAAUUACACAAGUCCAUCUCUAGAACGGGGAAUAAAAUUCAAGUUCCACAGGGAGUAGAUCAAAUUAAUGAUAAGGAAGAAAUUCGACAAGAAAAUCCGAGCAGCAAUGUUACUUCUCCCGCUAAAUUUUACGGCAGAUCGCAGCGUCACAUGACGAGAUCUAGCGUUAAUUCUUUGCAGGAUCAUAAAUUAUCCCGACUUGAAACACUUACUAGAAGUUCGCGCAGUUCUCCUGUUCGCGAUAUCUCGAGUGCGGAAGAAGAACCUUGCAGCAGCGAUCCAUAUGAGACGCCAGAAAAUUUCGAACCUCCUCUGUUCUACAAAUUUCAAGAUGGAUUUUUCAUGUCAAUUACUAACCAAGAUUUUGGCACAUUGUUUAAUCAUGAUUGGAUUAAUGAUUCAAUUCUUGAUUUUUUCACUAAGUUUUGGGUCGAGGAUUCCAUUAACAAAGGCGUUAUCAACAAAGAUGAUGUAUAUGUCUUCUCAUCUUUUUUCUACACGAAAUUGGUCAGUGAUCCUAAAAACUACUACAACAAUAUUUGUAAAUGGGUUAGCGGAACGGACCUUUUUGCAAAAAGCUACUUGGUUUUACCGAUAAAUGCAAAUUUCCACUGGUUUGGAAGCAUAAUCACUAAUUUACCAGCAGUUUUCAAGUUUCUGAGAGAAGAACAAAAAUUGUCAGGUAGCCUUGACAACGAAAAAGGAACAAAAUUUGAAAAUAGUGACGAAAUAUCAAUCACACCUCCUUCAGUUACAUUAUUAGUUUUUGAUUCGCUGAGGCAAAAUCAAUCAAGGGCAGUUGAACCGAUCAAGGAAUUUUUGAUAGCUUACGCAGCGGACAGGUACAACCUUGAAAUACCCAAGAACUUAAUCAAAAUGAAAACAUGUCUCGUACCACAACAACCUAAUAUGAGCGAUUGUGGGGUCCAUGUCAUUUUGAAUACAAAAAAGUUCUUUGAAGAUCCGUUUGCUACUCUGGAAUUAUGGAAAAUGUCUAAAUCCAAGGCCAAUUCGCGUCAAAUUAACGAGUAUUUCGAUAGACGGGGUAGAGUAACCGCUAGAAAAGAACUGCGGGAAAUUCUCUUGCAACUACAGCAUAUACAGAUCAAAAGUCAUGGCGCACAGAGUCCGUAUUUCAAAGAAACGAAUGAUGAACAGCACAGUGACGUUGAGAUAAUAGAAAAUCUGGAGUUCAUAGGUCCGCAGCAAAAAAUGAGCAAUGUAUCAGGAGAGGAUAAUCAAGCUGAUCAUUCGCAACCAAGUCUCUAUGUCGACACGAAAGGAAUAUUACCCAAUGAGGAACCUGGCCAAAUUGGGAAGCUUGAAGCAUCUAAAUCCACACAAAUUGGACUUUCCUACGAAAUCAGUUCUGAGCCUUUACAAAAUGAUGAGGAUGGUUUGAGCAAAGAGCCCAAUCUUCGCCCUUCAAAAUUAGCUGCGUCUGCCAGAAAUCGCUUAGAAAGCUCUCCUCUAAGCAACAACGAAUUCUCGGGCCUCAACUAA